GACAUGGAUGAGUGAGGAUGAACGAGUGUCCCGGGCCCAAGAGAGAGAGUGUGUCUUGCUGAGAUCUGGUCGUCCUGGCUUUCUUUUUGAUCUUGCGACAGUCUGCCAAAUUUCAAUUCUGCUGCAUACAACUCAAACCAUUCUCUGCGACGGCUGUUUGUUGAAGCUGCAGUGAGCUAGAGUGCGGCAGGGCCAUGAGGCAUGAUAGAUCUCAUGAGAGCCCUGAGCGAGGCCACUUUGCACGUAUCAAAGCUAUCUGACAUACCGAAAGACGGCCACAAGCCCUUUGUCCAGCUCUACAGUCUGCUUGGCGAGCCAUUCCUGCUCGCUCUGGACCUGCUCGACCACGAGCGUCUCUCCCAAUUGAGCCUAGAUGAUCAAUUGACUGACGUCUUUUUGUGUUCUGGCGUCAAGGGCACAAGCACUGAAAUACGUCUAUGCGCCUGGCACUGUACCUGUACUCACUUUGCCCUCGAGUCGUACAAGGCAUACAUGAGUCCAUCAAAUGAAGGAUCAACAGAUGAUCUUGCAAAGCCGACGUGUAAGCACCUCAUUGCAUGUCAGCUUGCCCGUCAUGCUGGACCACUCUUCAGAGCAAGGCAGCUCGCGGCACAAGAUUGGCUCUUUGUCUAGCCUCUUUGACAAUUCGCAACACAUAUGCUAGAUAUUGCGCAGCUCAAUGGAACCAAUUGAUCGUCUGUCACUACAGGCGUGAUGCUAUCGUAAGCAUCUUACCAUAAGCGAUGAGCUUGAUGUGGCCGGCAAGUAGCAGUCUGAUAAGUAAGUCGAGAAGCAAAACCUCUGUAUCAGCCUC